GACCUGCUGGCAUAUAUACAUACAUAUAAUUCAUUAAAUACAAAUUAUUCCUGUUAAAUGACCAAAUUCGAUUGCGCUCGCUUCGCCUAAUGUAGCAGCCAGCGGCUGAGAAACAGAAGACUACACAGACCACAGAAGGACACGCACGGAGUGCGGAUCUGCGUAUCUGUGCGUGUGUGUGUGCGUGCCUGAUUGUGUUGCUGUGUUUGUGAAGCGGGCACUUCAAUUCUUGUGGUUUUGCAAAAUUCUCAAAAAUAAACGAAAAAAGAAGACUGAAAAACAAAAAGCCAACAAAAAUAUAAAAAUUCUGUAAACAAAGCGAACGUCAAGCAGUGCAGAGCAGAGCCGGGACCACCAGCAGCAGUGGCAGCAGCAGCAGCAGCAGUGGCAGCAGCGGCAGCGGCAGCAGCCAAAACUGUUAACCUUUUGGGGAUAUCAAGCAUUUACGGCAGCUCGCGGCAACUGUAACAUUUAAGUUUUUAUCAGAGCAAAGUAAAGUUUUGUUGUACGGAUUGCGCCGCCCACAAAUCCGAAGGAGCCAAGCAGCAGGCGCCUGGCAGCCACAAGUGCCUGGCCUCAAAGGACGCUUGAGGACUUAAAGCAACAAAUUUGUGUUUUUUUUUUCUCUCUCUCUGUUUAUUCUUCUGUUGAGGAAACUUUUUAUAUCCCUUUCAAUUUGAUUUUUGCCGGAGAGCUUUACAGGGAUUUAAAUUUCGAAGUACAGCAGUGGGAACUAUCCGCCGUUCAGCCACAAUGAGCAAAAAGAAGAACCGCACGGGCACCAAGACCGAGGCCAUGGAGCUGAGCCACACAACUGUGGCAAGCAAGCCAACUAUGGCCGACAAAGCAUACAGCAAUGACGCUCCCAUGGAUCGGCUCGCUGGCUUGGAGGACCUUGCCCAGUUCGACAGCUCGGGCAUGCCGUUCAUCCUAGUCGACGGCGUCUGUGCUCGCAGUCGCCAUCAGCUGGACAUCGCGCUGUCGAAGCGCGAGAAGAAGUGCAUGAAGCGCAUCAAGCGGCAGUGCGCAGUGCUGCCCUGGUUGGAGCACACGCGACCGGCUUACGAUACGGAGCCCUUGACGGAGGCGGAGAAGGACGCUCAAGAUGAGCUGGACUUUCAGGCGGAUCUGCAGCUCUUGCAGCUGGACAUGCUGAAGGGCGAGGAGAAGAGUCCAGAGCCGCAGGAGACUGACGCUCACACACCCAUUGCACAUGCCGUCAGCACAGAGGAUCUGUCGCCGAACUUGUCCAGGAUCGAAGAGAUUCGCAUUCAGCUGGAACGGCUGCGCGAGCAGCAGCAGAACGAACCCGUCGAGCCUGAGUCGCUCUUGGAGCAACUGCGCAUCACACGCCAGGCCACAUUUGACAUUGAGCGUGAUGCCCCGAUCUCGGAGUCCACCUCGAGCCUCUCCCUCGACCUGCAGCCGCCCAUUCUGACGCGUGCCACGACCAUCGCCCAAACCGAGUCACGGCCGAGCUUUCAAAAGAUGCACACCACGACCUGUUUGAGCGGAGAGUCCACCCCCAGCAUUGCCCUGGCUAGAAGCUGCAGCCGUUCAGAUUCCUUUCCCACUCCGAAAACAGCUGAUUCGCCGCACAUCGGAGAUCUGCUCAUGCAAGCAGAGAAACGUCCGCAUAACCCUGGUCCUUACUCCCAUGUGGCAACUGUCUCGCCCAAGCCGGUUGCCAAUAGAUGUAAGGUCGAGCCGAUCGAACUAGCUAAGACCCGUUUGCUCAAGCUGCCAGCAGCCAGCCCGGGCUAUGACAAGAUAUUUCGAGAGCAGGCAGAAGACUUUGUUGGUGAGCCACUUCCGAGCAAGUCACACUCAUUCCUCAAGGUACCUCGCCUAUUCAAGAAGCUAAAGAAGUGAUUUCACUAGCAGGCGGAUUCCAUUCAGUUCCCAUUCGCGCUUUACUUUUUGUCACUAUUUGACGGGGUAUUCUUCUCGAUGGCUAUUCGAUCAAUAUAUUUACGAAAUAAACGGCCAUUAUUGGAGCUGCUUCAGUUAA